CAAAAAGGUGUAUGAAAUUUGAGUCAAGAUUAUUUCUAGUUUUCCUAAUUUUUACCUUAAAAAAAAAAAUCCCUAAUUUUCACGGGAAAGAAGCAAAGAGAAGUCGUGCGAUAUCAGCAGCAAUCAAUCCACAAAAUCCCGUGGCAUGAUUCACUUAUACAAACACAUAACACAUGCUCAGUCACAAAUCUUUCUCUACCUAUUAUAGUUGCAAUUUUCUAGGGUUUCGGAAUAAAUACAUUUCCAACGAAUUCGCUUUCUGUACAUUGCGUAAUUCAACAUGGCGGACUCAUCGCCAUCACAAUCACAAUCGCAAUCGACGACGACGACGACGAAGAUAACUGAUGUGGACGAGGACUCGUUGGCUCACUGUGCAAACUACCUCGACAAUCUCCAAGACCUCUCAAACUUAGCCAUGUCCUGCAAAUACUUCAAACGCGUCGCCUAUUCCAACUCCAUUUGGCUCCGCUGGUUCAGGGAGCAUUGGCCACAACAAGCACCUUCGAGCUCCCCACAAACAUUAGAUGUGAGGGAAGCAUAUUUGGCAAGGCGUACAGCACUGCAGCAGUUCAAGUUUAUGGAUCCCUUAGUUGCUGACAUUUAUACAUUUCCAAAACCUUACAACCAAAUAUUAUUGGAGAAAAAUGAUUUUGUCUUUUCACAGGGCUCAUUGAUUGAAAUGAGAAAGAUCAAUUGCUUUUUAUGUGAGAGUAGUUCUCUCCUCAUGCUAAGUGAUCAUUCCGCAAGAAUAACUUGUAUGAGGUUGUUUCCCCUUAAUGAAACUUCUCUGUUUCGAAGUGAAACACAAAGUGAAGAAAAUGUGUUGGUCACCUCAAGCUGUGACCACACCAUUCGUCUAUGGUGGAGGGGUUCUUGCCAACGAUGUUUUAGGGGUCACAAUGGGCCAGUCACUACCUUGUCAGAUAAAUUGUUAGGUGAUGGUAUUGGCAAAGUACUGGCAAGUGGAGGGGAAGAUGGUACUGUUCGCCUUUGGUCCCUUAACUCCAGUGGCAAGCGUGGCAAGAGUGCUUUAAAGGCUACUCUGUAUGGGCAUGAGAAACCUGUAAAGUUGAUGUCAGUUGCGGGGCAUAAAACUUCUCUUUUGGUGACUCUUUCGAGAGAUUCCAAGGUGAGGGUUUGGGAUACAACUGCGUCAUCUUCUGUUCGUUCAUCAUGCUGUGUGGGCAUGGCAUCUCUUCCUGGCUCACCAGUAAAUAUGAAGUGCCAUGAAUCUCUGCUCUAUGUGGCUACUGGUUCCUCUGUCAUUGCAAUCGAUUUACGGACAAUGCGAAAAGUUCUUACUGCUGCAAAUUAUCAGCCAAAGUUGCACUCGUUUGAGAUGUUGCCUUCAAAAUCCUUAAUCUGUACUGGUGUUAGUGGAAGAGCACUGCUUUGGGAUAUUAGAAGAAACCAGGAGACGAAUCCCGGACCUAUAGCUGAGUUGGAUGGACACACAGGCUCAGUGGCAUUUGUGCACAUGGAUCCAUACAAAAUAGUUACGGGAGGCCCCGAGGAUUUUUUCAUCAAUGUUUGGGAGACUGACACUGGUACGCAAAUAAAUUCGUUAAGUUGCUCUUCUGAUGAGGAGCCAAGCUCUGGUUGUACUGCCCUGGCUGUAAAUGGAUGUCGUAUUGUUACUGGUAGUUGUGGCGAGGGACUUAGCCGUCUCCGCUUUAGGGACUUCAACAAUGCUACUUGUCCUGUUGUCAAAUCUGAAGAUGAGCAUGCUUCAAAGUUUUGGGAUCCACAAUCUUAUAGUGAUAGUGAUACUGAUGGCUCAGAUCCUGAACGGGAUAAUUUGUAUCUUGCAUAACAAGUCCUCACUACAGGAUAAUUUGUAGUCUUGUGGUUGUUUUAAAUACUAAUUAGUACUUGCCGUUGUUUGAUGGUGAGGGUUGUUUUUUGGUAUAGAAGAUUGAUCAGACCAGUGUAAUUGUUUUCCUUUUUUUGAAAGGUGUACAAAUAAAAAGAAAUAAUAUAUAUAGAUGUCUUGUUUAAUA